AUGAACUCUCUCGAGUACCUGAUCGCCAACACACAUGGGCUACAGGACUCUGCACUAUCUGAAGCUCUGUCAGCUCUUGCGUCUUCCACAAAUCAUGAGGAAGAGUACGACAUGGAAGUGAACAGCGAUGACGAAAUGAAAAUUGACUUGUCCGCACUAAUCAACACAAACGUAUUUGCUGGAUUGCAGUUUCCCAAUGGAAACGGAAGAUUUCCGAAUCCAUCGCCUCCUAGACCCAACAGUGGAACACACACACCCAUCAGAAAAACACCAGGGUAAGAAAGAGGUCGUUUUAAAUCGAAGUUAUACAAUGGAUUCUGUUUGCAGAAGCCGUCCCGACCGCGGAAAGUUCACAAUUCUCGACGGUACCGAAGUGGCAGGACCGGAAGAGGUUCUUACUGUUGACUUCGACAGCGAAAUUCUUCAGAAAAUAUUUUCAGAUCCGAAACUUGGGUAAGUUAGCAGUGAUAGUUUACCAGAAAUUUGAAUAUUUAUUUCAGAAUCCAGUUCUUAGCACGUUAUGGUCUUAUCCCAAACACUCGAGUUUGUCGAGUGCAAGACUGUCCGAAAGACCAAUUGAUGAGUUUGAUCAAGCAUGCCAAUGGAUUCGUGGUAUGUUCUCAUCGGUUUCUAUCUUUUUUCAUUCACAUAUUUCCAGUGGCGUUGUCGAUCGUGCCGGAAACGUCGCGAGAAGCGCAUCAUUACGAAGAUCUCGGUGUACGAGGGAACUUUCCUGUUCUACUCUCGAAUGCCACUUAACAAGUUCUUCAUUUUUAUGCUCAUUUGGUGUGAGAACCCAGGCCUUUCAAUCACCGAGUAUAACAGACUGAUGGGAGAGAAUCGACUGGUGGAGGAGACCAUCUACAAUACAAUUGGAUUCAUGAGGGAUAUCAUCCAGAACUGGUGUGACACAAUCAUUGCCUCUAACGUGCCAAUUGGCGGACCACACAAGAUUGUGGAAGUUGUUGAGACAUUGUCAACGGAACAGCUGAGCAACAAGACGCGCAACAGGAGAACUCGCCACUACACAACACGGACUGUGUUUGUUUCCUUGGCAGAUGACAAAAUCAAGUCUGUUGAGUUCCCAUUGGUGAGUUAUUUUCCAAAGUUUACAAACGCUCACUAUUGUGGCUUCAGCAUAAUGUCGGUGAUUUGGAACGUGCUUUGUUGGAAUGCGUCGCUCCUGGCAGUGUUGUUGUGAUGCGUGACUCGUACUUGGAUAGAUUUGGCGCCCAGGAAGAAGUCUCCAACGCACUUUCCAACCACUAUAAGAUCAAGUCGAUUUGCGAUGUCUGGCCAGAACUUGACGAGCUGGAGCGUUCCAAACAAUAUAUCAAGACCGAAAUGAAUCAGGUGCCUAAUGUGCAGCAGGAGCCGUACGCCUACGAAUACUUUUUCCGUCGUUGCUUCGGUGAAAAAUGCUUCAAUCAUCUUCUCAGAGUCAUUAGAUUGCUCUACCAGAAAUGA